AUUAGGGGUUGGCCUGGGCAGAGGCGGAGGCCAUGGUCCUGGCAGGCGAGUGAAGGAUGCGCGCUAGGGAGAGUAGGCAGCGCCUUCGCGGCAGCCACCGCGCCGACUUUACCCUUUAAAUCGGUCUCCAAGCCGAUUACAGCUGAUCUCCCACGUGACGUUUUACCUUCUGUCUCCCGGAGCGCCUAGCCCGAGGACAGUCCUCCGGCUGCCGCGCGCCACACUGCGCAACCCGCCGCUGGGGGCUCGGCUCCCGCAGCAACUUCGUGGGUACGGGCGCCCUCGGAGGGCUACUUGGCACUGGGCUUCCGGGGAUCGGGAGGCGUCGGGUACUCGAGAGGGCGCGGUCGGGGAGGAGACGGUGCCCCAGCCCGGUUCGGCGCCCUAGGUCUGGGCGGCGGGCGGGGUGCCCUGUGGCUGGCGGGCCGGGGUGCGUCUUUCCGGAAAACACUCUGUGAUGGCUCCGCCGCGGGGCUGAGACUGCGACCCCAACGCCCCCACCUUCACAGCGUCCCGCACCCUCGCCAUGCAGAAAAGCGUGCGCUACAACGAGGGGCACGCCCUGUACCUGGCCUUCCUGGCGCGCAAGGAGGGCACCAAGCGGGGCUUCCUGAGCAAGAAGGCGGCCGAGGCCAGCCGCUGGCACGAGAAGUGGUUCGCUCUCUACCAGAAUGUGCUCUUUUACUUCGAGGGCGAGCAGAGCGGCCGCCCGGCGGGCAUGUACCUCCUGGAAGGUUGCAGCUGCGAGCGGACACCCGCACCACCCAGGACCGGCGCGGGACCGGCAGGCGCCCGGGACGCCCUGGACAAGCAGUAUUACUUCACUGUUCUUUUCGGGCAUGAAGGUCAGAAGCCACUGGAGCUGCGCUGUGAGGAGGAGCAGGCCGGGAAAGAGUGGAUGGAAGCCAUUCACCAAGCCAGUUACGCGGACAUAUUGAUUGAAAGGGAAGUAUUAAUGCAGAAGUACAUUCAUCUGGUUCAGAUUGUGGAGACAGAAAAAAUUGCUGCUAACCAACUCCGACACCAGCUUGAAGAUCAAGACACCGAAAUUGAAAGGCUUAAAUCAGAGAUUGUUGCUCUUAAUAAAACCAAGGAGCGGAUGCGCCCUUACCACAGCCAUCAAGAGGAUGAGGAUCCUGACAUCAAGAAGAUUAAAAAGGUUCAGAGCUUCAUGCGGGGAUGGCUGUGUAGGAGGAAGUGGAAGACCAUUGUGCAGGACUACAUUUGUUCUCCCCAUGCUGAGAGCAUGAGGAAGAGAAACCAGAUUGUGUUCACCAUGGUGGAAGCCGAGACGGAGUACGUUCACCAGCUCUACAUCCUGGUCAACGGUUUCCUCCGGCCCCUGCGGAUGGCAGCCAGCUCCAAGAAGCCCCCCAUUAGCCACGAUGAUGUCAGCAGCAUCUUUCUCAACAGUGAAACUAUCAUGUUCCUACAUGAAAUAUUCCAUCAAGGACUAAAGGCAAGGCUGGCAAAUUGGCCUACUUUGGUUUUAGCUGAUCUGUUUGAUAUUUUGCUGCCCAUGCUGAACAUUUAUCAAGAAUUUGUGCGUAAUCAUCAGUACAGCCUCCAAGUACUUGCCAACUGUAAACAAAACAGAGAUUUUGACAAGCUCUUAAAACAGUAUGAAGCCAAUCCUGCCUGUGAGGGGAGGAUGCUGGAGACAUUCUUGACUUACCCAAUGUUUCAGAUCCCCAGGUAUAUCAUCACUCUGCAUGAACUCCUGGCUCACACCCCCCAUGAACACGUGGAGAGGAAAAGCCUAGAGUUUGCUAAGUCAAAGCUGGAGGAACUGUCCAGAGUCAUGCACGACGAAGUCAGCGACACUGAGAACAUCAGGAAAAACCUUGCCAUUGAAAGGAUGAUAGUGGAAGGUUGUGACAUUUUGCUGGACACCAGCCAGACUUUCAUCCGCCAAGGUUCUCUUAUUCAGGUACCUUCCGUUGAGAGGGGGAAGCUUAGCAAAGUUCGUCUGGGCUCACUGUCUUUGAAAAAGGAAGGCGAGAGACAGUGCUUCUUGUUUACGAAACACUUUCUAAUUUGCACCAGAAGUUCAGGAGGAAAGCUGCAUCUGCUCAAGACAGGUGGAGUCCUCUCCCUCAUAGAGUGCACGCUGAUUGAGGAGCCCGACGCAAGUGACGAUGACUCCAAAGGUUCUGGCCACAUGUUUGGACAUCUGGAUUUUAAAAUAGUAGUGGAGCCUCCUGAUGCUGCCCCUUUCACUGUGGUCCUGUUGGCCCCUUCUCGCCAGGAGAAAGCUGCAUGGAUGAGCGACAUCAGUCAGUGUGUGGACAACAUACGAUGUAAUGGUUUAAUGACUAUAGUCUUCGAAGAGAAUUCCAAAGUCACUGUGCCGCAUAUGAUUAAGUCUGAUGCCCGUCUUCAUAAAGACGACACUGACAUCUGUUUCAGUAAAACACUCAAUUCCUGCAAAGUGCCGCAGAUCCGCUACGCGAGCGUGGAGCGCCUCUUGGAGCGGUUGACGGACUUGCGGUUUCUGAGCAUUGACUUCCUCAACACCUUUCUACACACCUACCGCAUUUUCACCACGGCCGCUGUGGUGCUGGCGAAGCUCUCCGACAUCUACAAGAGGCCUUUCACCUCCAUCCCGGUCAGAUCAUUAGAGUUAUUUUUUGCCGCGAGCCCAAACAACAGAGGUGAACAUAUGGUAGACGGAAAAUCCCCACGCCUGUGCCGCAAGUUCUCCUCCCCACCGCCCCUGGCCGUGUCUAGAACAUCCUCACCAGUGAGGGCCAGAAAGCUAUCCUUGACAUCUUCCUUGAACUCAAGGAUCGGAGCCUUGGACCUGACCACAUCUUCAUCUUCUAGCAGUCCUACCUCCCACAGUCCCACUGCAUCCCCGCCACCUCACACGGCAGCUGUCCUGGAGUCUGCACCAGCUGACCGAGCAGGAGACCCCACAGAACUGUCACCUUGCAGAUCCCCCUCCACUCCCCGGCACCUCCGAUAUCGCCAGCCUGGAGGACAGGCAGCCGACAGCCCCCACUGCUCUGUUUCUCCUGCUUCUGCGUUUGCAAUUGCCACGGCUGCAGCAGGACACGGGAGUCCACCAGGAUUUAACAACACGGAGAGAACAUGUGACAAGGAGUUUAUCAUACGGAGAACAGCCACCAACCGAGUCCUCAAUGUCCUCCGCCACUGGGUCUCCAAGCACGCGCAGGAUUUUGAACUCAACAAUGAACUUAAAAUAAAUGUUCUAAACUUACUAGAAGAAGUUUUACGAGACCCAGACCUUCUUCCUCAAGAAAGGAAAGCCACGGCAAACAUCCUGAGAGCUCUUUCACAAGAUGAUCAAGAUGACAUCCACCUAAAAUUAGAAGAUAUAAUUCAAAUGACAGACUGUCCAAAGGCCGAAUGCUUUGAGACGUUGUCAGCCAUGGAGCUGGCCGAGCAGAUCACUCUCCUGGACCACGUUGUCUUUAGAAGCAUCCCCUACGAAGAGUUUCUUGGGCAGGGCUGGAUGAAACUGGAUAAAAAUGAAAGGACCCCUUACAUCAUGAAAACCAGCCAGCACUUCAACGAAAUGAGUAACCUGGUAGCCUCCCAGAUAAUGAAUUAUGCCGAUAUCAGCUCACGUGCCAACGCCAUUGAGAAGUGGGUUGCUGUGGCCGACAUUUGCCGGUGUCUACACAACUACAAUGGUGUCCUGGAGAUCACUGCAGCCUUAAACAGAAGUGCCAUCUACAGGCUGAAGAAAACCUGGGCCAAGGUGUCCAAGCAGACAAAAGCGCUGAUGGAAAAACUUCAGAAGACAGUUUCAUCCGAAGGAAGAUUUAAAAACCUCAGAGAAACUCUUAAAAACUGUAACCCCCCUGCUGUCCCUUACCUCGGGAUGUACUUGACAGACCUGGCCUUCAUUGAAGAAGGAACACCAAACUUUACGGAAGAAGGCCUUGUCAAUUUCUCCAAAAUGCGAAUGAUAUCACACAUUAUUCGAGAGAUACGCCAGUUCCAGCAGACUGCUUACCGCAUAGACCAGCAGCCAAAGGUCAUACAGUACCUGCUUGACAAAGCCCUCAUCAUAGAUGAAGAUACACUCUAUGAGCUGUCGCUCAAAAUUGAACCUCGACUCCCUGCUUGAAGAUCUUACCUUGUCCCUGAGAACAUGGGAAUUUCGUGAAGAGUGUGUCACACGUGGCACGGCGGGGACCCAGAGGGACAGCGCCUGCCUUGGUUCACCACCAAAGAUGGAACCAGACUGCAAUUCUGUCUCCAGCCAGAGUAAAGCCCAGAUGCAUGGGUUAAAGACAGAUGCUCCAGCCUUGGGUGGGACGGUGCAGAGUUGAGUGAUGCUGGCGACACAAUUUGCGUCAGGGCUUGAAGUAGGAGAUGCUGGUCCGUUAGAGCAAAAUGUCAUGAAGAUAGAUGUCCCAUGUCCCAUGUUCUGUUAGAACUUGGGGACAAGGCCCCACAGAGGAAGCCUGUAAAGUUUCCUUGACAUUCCGCUAGCCUGGGCACACCUCUAACCAAUCUUCUACGACUUGACGGCUUCUCUUACACUUCCUUUAUGCCAAGGGUCACAGCCAGGCCGAAGCUUCCUCUGCAGGCCCCACACAUAAGCAGCUUCAGUAUGCAGCAUGUGCAUGGUUCUCGGUGCAUUCGACAUGCAUGAGAGGAGUGGCGUGCUCUGAAAAAGCCUUGCAGCCUCUAGGCCAUGGGACAGGAAAUAAAAGAUUCAAAAACAAGUGGGUUUGUUGGUAGCAUUUCCUUAAUUACAAGUAAGCGGUGUCCCACCAGCUUGAGCGGGGCCUUCGUGGAGAGAUUGGUGGUUCCAAGGAGCUGCCCUCUUGGAGAGACAGCUGUGGAGGCCGCAAUAAGGUACAUGCCCCUGUCAGUUAGCCGGCAAAACUGUGGGACAUGGGAAGGCCACCAAGGGCUAUGGAGAGUAAUGACUUUCACGAAGCAAAAAUGGAGGCCUAAAAGUCAUCUUUGCACCUGAUUUCACUUGGUUUCUUUUCCCCUAGAAUGUUUUAGAAACUUCUUCUGAUGUAUACAAGCUUAGUUGGGUUCAUUGUGAGCACUGGCUGGACUGUGAAACAGUCUGUGGGCUUCUUCUUUUGAGAAGCCCCGCUUCCGUGUGCUACUGAUAAACAGUCUUCUCCUAACCUUUGUUUAAAACAAGGUCAUCUGACCAAGGCUAUUCUAAGUGCGUAGGGAAGGGCACUAACUAUUCCACGGCUCUUAGAGUAGAAAGCCAAGUGCAGGGGUUUGUCCUGCACCCACAGCCUGGGGAAGCCACCUCAUGCUCCACACAACGGUCAGUUGUUCAGGGAAUAGGGCUCUCCUAAUUACCCUCCUCUCGUGUUCUCAGGGAGACCACUGCUUUAGAAUGAGGAAGAGGUGACAAUGAAGGAUUAUUGUGAUCUUAGCCUAGCCUGCCUAGCAUUUUCUCUUAGAGGCAGGAUGCUUAUUGACGCUGACCAUGAAGACUGAUCUGCAACCUCCCCUCUUCCUUUGCAUUUUCAUCAUGUGAUAGAGCGGACAGCUAGCUAAUACAUUCCCUCUCUGUUUCCGAAAACCCAGCGGAAGAGCUAGCAUUGGGAAUGUACCGUAGAACUAGAGAAGGUGCAUUUUCUGCACGGUAAGGGUCAUAUCUGUACAUAACUGCCUGGAAAAAUAUAAGCUGAAUUAAAAAUUUAUAUUAUAUGAAUCCCACUCCAGAAAUCUCCCUGGUUCGUUUUAGCCAACAGUGCAGUACUAAGUCCCGCCCCCAGGGCCAAGCUCCGCCUCCCCGGGCCGCUUAGGGAUGCUUUCUCCUCUUUAUUUAUCAUUUCCUGAGUUGCUUGUUUGUUCUUUUCAGUUCAAAUAAUAGUACGCAUGAGGAGAGCAUGAGCUGUUGGAUCCUAAUCGUGCAUAACUUGUGAUUUAUUUCUCUGUGUUCAGAAGCUAACGUUUGAAAUAAUUUGUCAUUAACACCACACACCGCACAAACUUACAGAGAAAAAGUAAAGGUUAGCAAUCCUGAGAGGAGCACAGCUACUAGUUUCAUGCAAAUCACCACUAGGGAAGGAGUACCUGCACCACCUUUAGCCCCGCCCCAUCUCCACACCACACCGCCCCUUCCCCUCUGAAGAGGGCGCUACGUGCAUUUUCCUUGGGAGUUUGGGCUCGUUUCUCCAAUGUUAUAUUCCAGAGGCCACUUCAGCCAUUCUUACUGGGGGAAAAAAGGAAUUUCUAAUGCUCCUCGUCUGUUGAAAAGCAGCUUUUCCACAGCUAGUGAUGAGCUUUGGUGCCUGUUUCCAGGAGACAGUCGGAAGCGCCACCAGUGGUCAUUUGUGGGCAUUGCCGUUUCUUUGAUCACUGGCUUGCUAGAGCUAAAGAGACCAUGGUCAGUCAAGGCAGGGACGCACAUUUAAAAACAAAACACCUCAACUUGAUUAUGUUUAAAAUUAACCAGAGCAAUCUGUGGUUCCUCCUUUGAUUGUUGAAGCCCCUGUCUUUUGAAGCUCUGUAUGUAUUUGUGGGGUACAACAAGGCACACCCAUCUGUGUGUGCCAAUACCUGACUUUAUGAGAUGCAUUUCGAAGAGCACUUGGGAGGCCAGCUUCAAAACGUCAACUAGUGAACAUGUGCCCUGCAAAAUCUACAGGAAAUCAACCCAAUUUCAUGCUUUCAAAUGAGCACAACAUUUGUCCUGCGGGUGAGAUUACCCUGAGGACUUCGGGGAUGCCUAAGACAUCCACUCUUACAACAGAAGCAAAUCUCUCACUGAAGCCAGUAUGUGUGACAGUUCCAGGCAUGAAGUAAAAGGCUGUCCUCUUUCUUCUGCGAUUCCCCAGGGGAAUUUAAAAAGAGAAUUUUAAAGUGGCAAUAUUUUAGAGCAGUUCUAAAAGCAAGUCUCCUUUGCUGCCUGCUUAUCAGUGCAUCUCAAAGUACUACAUUUAAACCAAUUAAACACAUGUAAACCAUUUAAUGUGACAAUGGGCCUUCCCCUCUUCUCUCGUGUUAUGAGAGACAAGAACGAAGACCACCAGUGAUUGCCACUCACCUAAAGAGGAAGGCAAUGAUGUGGCCACUUCUAAAACUAGCAACUUUCACGUUUUGAAAAGGGAUUUUACUUAGUUUUUCUUUUCAAUUCAAUAUUUAAUGUUAUUCCCUCAUGAAAAAAUCUGUUUUAAACGUGUUCCUUUUAAAUCCAACUUGUAAAAUUUAUCAUUUUUACUACGGUUGAGAUGGCAUAAAAGAUAGUAUGCUAUUUUUAGCCAGAUUAAUGUCCACAGCUGGAGAAAAUCAAUGAAUGGAACUCAUUUCCACUUUUGUAGGAAAUAAGAUUGUAAGUUAAGUGACUUGUUUAAAGGUGUCACUGUGUGAUUCCUGGAAAGGAGACUGCAGUUGGUGGGAAGUGAAGGACAUCCUUUCAGAGGCCACUGUUAGCUUAACAAAGGGCAGAGGCGAAGUCCAGAGGGACCUGUAGUUGUAGGGCAGAUGCGAGUGUCUGCUAGCCUAGCUUCCAGUUCAGCUGCCUCGGGACAUGGCGUUAAGGUUGGGGUUGACUGUUUUUGAUUGGAUCUGCUGGAGGAGAACAAUCACCCUCCUUCACAGUGUUAAACCACUGUCUUUACACAAUCCAGUCCAGUUUUCACCAGGAAACUGGUCAUGAAAGAACAUUGGACCAGACCUGAGUCUCAGCCCAGCUCUGCAUCGUCCAGCUAGAGAAACUUAGGCCAGUGUUUACACCUCCGAGUCUCAGUUUCCUCAUCUACAAAAUGGGAUUAGUCAUAAUUCCAGUGCUGUCUACCUCACUGGGCUGUGAGGACCAAAGGGGUCAGAAUGUAAACUUUAAAGUGCUGUACAAUUGUGAGGUAACUGAUUACCAUUCUUUGCUCUCUUUUGCAGAAGAAUUAAAUGUACUUAUUAUUUGUA